UCUUCACUGCAGCAUUACAUUAGUGACUGUUGUAAACAUUAAGCAAGCGUAAAACCCUGAACGACGUGCAUCAGAAUGGUUUGGUCUGAAAGUCAAAGAAUGCGACUAGCAAUCGAGAAAGAGAAACUGGAGAAAUAUUUUCGUCUUGGAAUUACAUGGAUUGACCCACAACAUGAAACGAAAGUGGAAGUAUUGGUGAGAAGCAACAUGAAUAGGGAGUAUAUACUUCGGAUCUACAUUCCGCAAGAUUUUCCUAAUUCAUGUCCAGUACUUGUUGUCACUUCGCCGCUAAAACUUCAACUGCGGAACGGAUCCCGACUUCCUGAAGCAAGUGAUUCCUUCCACACCUUGGUAGACACAGAUGGAUUUCAUCGAAUAUGUCAUUUUUAUCCACCCGACUGGACACAAGAUAUCACUUUAUUUCAAGUCUUUAUGAAAGGUCGGUUAUGGAUUGAGGGUUAUGAAGCACAUUUGAGAACAGGCAUGAAGAUGAAUGAAUACCUCGGAGAACACAAGUUUGCAGCACAAUCUGGCCAGAAUAACCAGCAACAGUUAUCAACCUUACCAUCCUCGAGUGAACCUCAAAGAGGAGAGAGUUUAUUAGUCGGAUCAACACAAAACCAAACCCGAUCAAAUUCUUUCAGUCAAUUCGGCUAUCAACAUGAACAAGCAUUCAUAGAACCUACAGCGAUUUACGAGCGAGAUACCAUAGAAGAGACUGAUUAUGAUCCUGCUUUUUAUCCCCCCACGGUACCUGUCCAGAGAGUUUUACCAGAGGUAGCCCCCGCACUGCCCUCACGUCGCACCUUGAAUGAAACGUUACGUCAAAAUGUGCCUUUGGAUACAAUCAACAAUAACGAGACAUCAUCACCGUCAGAAACAAUCAAUCCAAGUCGAUACAGACCACCAGGCGGAAUUGCUGUUUUGCCUCCAAUUGUUGGACGAAAUGCUCGUUUGCGACGCCCGGCUCCGCAAGUCAAACCAAAACCUCGCUCGUGAAAAAAAUAAAUUCAGUUAAUAGCCUUGGAACAAGACAAAUAUGAAAGAGAUAACUUAUAGUUAAAUAGUUUGUUUAAAUUAGAAAUGGACACGCAUUAAGUAACCCAUCCGACAAAUGUAUAUAUUCCAAGUCCUACAU